AUGCGAUUGAGUGCCGACGAUCGUAUUGUUGUCGGUCAGAGCAGUGCCGAUGAACAGAAUGACGCGGGAUCGAGUGCCGAUGAACGGAGCAAUGAGGAAUUCAGCGCCGAUGAAUGGAGCGUCGAGGAGCUCUACAGUGGAGAACAGAUCGCCACCGGAUGCUGGAAGGACGCUCGUUUUCAAGGUACCCUGUCGCUGGCCCUCUCCGCUCGCAUCCCGCUCGAGGUCUUCGAGAUCAUCAUCGACGUGAUGGAUCCUCCCAAAUUGACUGUCGCGGCGCUGGUCUGCGCAGCAUGGUACCCUCGAGCGAUGCACAAGCUCUACCACACCAUCGAGAUUCGCAGCCGCACAAGCUACAACCUGCUGUUCAAGCAGUGUUACGCGUCACCACGUCUCAAGCAGUGGCUCGCGAGCACAUGCGAGCUGGUGGCAAACGAGCAGUGGGAUGCAUUUUUCGAGAUUCUCAAGGACAAGAGGGACUCGAACGAAGACGGAAGCAUGGAAUCCCCGCAGCGUAGAAACAAGAACAAUAGUGACAAUCACUUCUUGCAAGCGCUACCAUCCGCGCUCGCUAGUCUGAUGCCUUGUGUACACAACCUUCACAUCUACCGUGCAAGACUUUGUUUCGUCCACACGGAUUUCUUCCUCGCCCUGUCGAGGUUCGAGUCUGUCAAAUCAUUGACACUUCGGAACUGCGGACUGAACAACAUCACGCAGCUGCGGCGGAUUGUGUCUGCCUUCCCUCAGCUUACCGAUCUCACGUUGUAUGUUUAUUUCGCUCAGCAAGGUGCUGCCAGCUACGCGGGAGCUUCAUUAUCUCAGCCACCACCUCACAUGCGUCUUCGAUACCUUGACGUCAACUUGAACGAUGAACGCAUGGCGAUGUUCUCUGACUGGAUGAUGCACUCAGGUCUCUGCACCUCACUUGCGGAUCUGACAGUCAGCCCCGAGGUUGCCUCCAUGGCACAGAUCCCCCUUAACAAACUCCUCGAAACCGCGGGGACGUCGUUGAUCAGUUUCCGUCUAAGUAACGGUUUCAAUUAUGGCCGUAGUGUUCACGGAAGUGUGUUGCAAAACACCGCCUUGCGAUCCUGGAGCUUCGAGCUACAACUCAUCGAACGCGUGGCCAAAGACCAGGGGCCUCGCGCGGUGUGGACCAAAGCAAUGAACGAGUUGCACGGCAUAUUUUCCACCGUCCGAAGCCGUCAUCUCGAGUACAUCAAGGUCAAAGUUCGAGUUCCCGUCGGCGACAGCAUUCUCGAGCCUGAGCAGCUCGGUGUUGUCCUCGAGGGGCUCGACCUGCGGGGCCUGCACGAGGUCGUGAGCCAGCCAUACUUCGAUGCAUUGCAGGAUGUCGAGGUGAAGAUCGUGCUGGCGCCUCUGACCCGUCACUGGCAGACCAGGUUGCAUGUGGACGGCAUCGAUCUGGACAGCAUCGGUCAGCAGCUCCAGACCAUGUUCCAUGGCAUAUUGCAGCCAUGGGUUGCCCGUGGCAUAGUCGCCAUCACCUGGCUGUGA